GUUAUGGAAAGUCAUACCCUACUGAGUCACGGCCAGGGCACUUCUUAUUACGCCAAACUUGUGCCGAGCCACAGUUCAGUCCAGCCCGUGGUUACCCCUUUCUUUCGUACUAGAUCGGCACUAUUUGAGGUUUGUGAAUUGUUGAAACUCUGCGAUUAUCGAUGCCCGUUCAUCCAACAUCAACAAAUCGGUAUGGUUAUCUGGGUCCAGUUGAAUGCAAUUCUGUAGUUUUCAAUCGAACGACAGUCGUCCAUAUCCAACUUGCAAAUUGUAUCUGGGUCGAUGAUCUAUUUUGUUGCCUGCUCCUAUUUGCACAGCUUACAGAUAUCGAGCUCGCCGUACAUCAACCAAAUGCAUUGCUCCACUUGCUCCGACUCUCUCCCCACCUCUCCUCGUUAACGAUUGGCUUAGGAUCUGGGCUACUCAAAUGGGCCCUGCAGCCAUUCACGCACACUAAACUUCAAUCCUUGCGCAUCGCUUAUGUGCGUGACUGCCUGCUCCCUGACCUGUUCAAUAUACUGUCACUCCCUAAUUUAUGCGUGCCUGUAGCUCAUGAUGUCGAAAUGUGGCCUCACGGGGAGUUGAAGGGAUUGUUGGCACGGUCAAAUUGUCCCCUAGAGAGCCUGAUUUUCGGUCAUGGAGUAACGACGACAGAUGAACGUUUGAACAGCGAGCGGAAUGCAUUGCCCUCAUUCCUUCCCUUGAAGUAGUAGUGGAUCCCAAGUCUCGUGUUUACCUAUCAAUACG